AUGACUCUGAAUAUCCCAUUUCUUUUUGCCCGUGUUUUGGUUCAGCAUCUGUUUGGGAUGGAAGAAAAAUUUGAAACUAGCGUUGUUUGUCAUCUGAGAGCUUCACUAUCAACUCUACCGAUUCGCACAAAGGCUAAGUGGGAGGAUUCACGCCAAAUGGCCUUACUUUGGUGCAGACCUUAUUUACAAGAUAUUGACUUAUCAUAUAUUGAAUUAG